CAUUUUCUCCUCUCGCUCUCCCCCCUUUUUGUAAUAAUAAAAAAAGCAAAAGCAAAAACAACAACAACAACAACAACAACAACAACAACAAAACAUUAAACAAACAUGGUUGACUGUUCGGGGCGGUCCACAGUCUGCGAGUGGAUGAACCUGACAGGCAAAGCUCAGGGUAACAAAGCGCCGGUGCGCAGCCUGAGCUCGUUACCUACUUCCUGUUUCACCUCCUCACUACUUUCUGAAGUUCAGUCGCAGGCAGCAGAUUGUAAACGAGCCAACGCUGAACCGUUAUACACCGUCACAAAUUAACUUUCUUCCAUAAAAUGACGUUUGUCAGGGGAGUCCACGACCAGUCUGACGUUGAGUCCACGAGUUAGACGCUGUUUCUUCUCAACUCUAAAAGGAAAAGAAGAAAAAAAAAGAAAAGCUCCCCUGUUGCGGGACCUGAACCGACAACAUGCCCGAGAUGUCGAAGAUGAAGAAGCCCGACGUGAAGGUGGUCCUGCUGGGAGACAUGAACGUGGGGAAGACGUCGCUGCUCCACAGGUACACGGAGAGGAAGUUUAAAGACACCAUCAGCACCGUCGGAGGGGCGUUUUACCUCAAACAGUGGGGACCUUACAACAUCUCGAUAUGGGACACAGCUGGCCGUGAACAGUUCCACGGGCUGGGCUCCAUGUACUGUCGGGGUGCAGCCGCGGUCAUCCUCACUUACGAUGUCACCAACUGGCAGAGCCUGGCUGAGCUGGAGGAGCGCUUCCUGUCCCUGACUGAUACCGCUAACCACGACUGCAUUUACGCCGUCGUGGGCAACAAGGCCGAUCUCACAGACCCUAAAGCCCAGCUGUCCCGGGAUUCUGAUGUGGCGCCUGAGGACCGGACGGAGUGUGAGGAGAGGACUGAGCCAGAGGUGCUGUCUGCGUGCCCCACACCCCCAGCCUCCCCCGCGUCCCUCUCUGGGGUGAUGCUGCACAAACAGGUCGCCCCCGAGGAUGCAGCAGCCUUUUAUGGGAGAAUCUUGCGCUACAAGGGCCUGGACGAGAAGAGCAGCCUGCCCGCAGAGAAGAUGUGCUUCGAGACGAGUGCCAAGACAGGCUACAAUGUGGACGCGCUGUUUGAGGCAUUGUUCGACCUGGUGCUGCCUUCCAUCCUGAGAAAGAGGAACGAGAACCAAGAGUCUCCUACAGUGGACCUGGAGGAGUGCAGGGGGGCCGGCAGCAAGCGGAGCAGAACCUCCUGCUGCUAGGUGAAGGAAGGUGGAGAGGCUACCAGAUAGAGACUUGUCUUUAACUAAGGACAAUCUACAGAUUGGUCUGCACACCAAAUACAUACUGUGAUGGUACUACUUAUUUGCCUUGAAUGAGACCCAGUGGCAUUAAUGACCUCCUUGUAACACACACACUAAACACAAACACAUUGAGUCAUUUGAAGUAUUUCUUUGCAUGGAAGGGAAAAAAUGUACCUUCCACCCUAACGACUAAAACUGCACUUGUAUCCCAAAGAUGUGUCUGUGGGCAAAUAUUACACAUAAGAAGUCAAUCACUGCUGUUUCUUUGCAUUUUGGAAAGAAAAUGUCACAGAUUUAACUGCACAACGUAUUAGCUGGGUGACACUUUGCACUGUGUUUAUAAUUAUUUUUUAAAGGAGACAUAUUAUGCUCAUUUUCAGGUUCCUAAUCAUAUUUUGUGUUACUACUAGAAUGCUUUAAUUCUCAAAAAACCUAUACAUUUUCUCACAAUCUCUAGUGCUGCCGCACUGUAUUCACCCUCUGUCUGAAACACUUGGUUCCGCUCCCGAAUACCCAGAGUAUCUGAUUAGUCAGCUCCCGCAAGCCUGAGCCAACUUCUGAGAAGAGAGCAGUUGUGCAAAAUCAAUUCUUAAGUGCCAAAAUAGCCACUAGGCAGAAUUUAUGCAAACACGUGUAGUUCAAUUUCACAAAGUCACUAAGGUGGGACUACUGAUAAGGCAUUUCCAGAGCAGUGUUUUUUGUGGGAGAGAGGAGCUUCUGUUGGUGGAGACUUUGACCUUUUUAAAUUUCAAGAUCCUUUACAUGCACAAGAACAUAUAUAACACACUGAAGGAAAGAAAAUAACGAAAAAAGCGUAAUAGGUGUCUUUUAAAGUUUUCAUAAAUCACACUUCUUUUGUUUUCUUUUAUGUUCAGUUACUAAUGUUGUUUAUAUUUUGUGUGGAACAAUCCAAUGAGUGUACAUAGUAAAUACCCCUGAUGAAUUUUUAAGUACGCUGUCAUAAUAAAGAUUUUUAUUUUGC